UCAAUUGAAAAUUAUGAAUUUAUUCAUAUUAAUAAUGAACAUGAAAAUAUCGCUUCCUUAUCGCUUCAUUAACAACGUUUACGAUGAUCAUCUUGGACAGCGAUCAAAUGCAAAAUGCUGAACACAAUGAUCGACAAUAAUUCGAGUUGUAUUAAUAGCAAUAACAAUAAUAACAAUGGCACAAACGCAACGAUCACAAUUGCCGGCACCGGUUCGGAAGAAACAAGUGACGUUUGGCGCAUAUUUGAAUUCGUUAGUCAUAUACUUAAUUGCGUUUAUGUACCGAUUAUCGUUUGCAUGGGCUCGUUAGGCAACAUUUUGUCUGUAUUCGUUUUUUCAAAAACAAAAUUAUGUAAACUCUCGUCGAGCUAUUAUUUAGCUGCUUUGGCGAUAAGUGAUACUUGCUUCCUGUUCGGUUUAUUUAUUCAAUGGCUCAACUUUUUCGAUAUCAAUAUAUAUAAUCGGGAUUAUUUUUGUCAAUUUUUCACAUUCUUCAGCUAUUUAGCCAGUUUUUGUUCGUCGUGGUUCGUUGUUGCGUUCACCGUGGAACGCUUCAUAGCCGUUAUGUAUCCAUUAAAACGUCAGACAAUGUGCACGGUGAGGCGAGCAAAAAUAGUAUUGAGUGGCAUUAGCGUAUUAGGCGUCUUGCAUUGCAUACCAUUUUGGAUAUCGUCGCAACCGGUUUCGUUGGACGAACGUCAAACAACAAUAUGUGACAUAAAGAAUGAAUAUAAGGGUUACAUACUGUUGCUUAAUUAUUGGGAUACUAUCGUUGUGUACGCAGUACCAUUUGUCGUGAUUGCGAUUUUGAAUGUAUUUACCGGUUGGACCGUAUGUAAAUUCGCACAUGUCAGAAGAUCACUAACUAUGUCAAGAAAAAAAUCUCAACAGCUAACAACAGGAAGCAAAACAACAGAAGCAACAACAACAACAACAACUACAGCUCUGAGGGAAGUGACUUUAACAAAUCCAUCGUGUAUUUUAAAUGCUUCGCAGACGAUGGCAACAUACCGUAUACCGGCGUCAUUAAAACGACAGAAAUCGUUAUGUUUACACUUCAAUACACACAAUAGAGUAACAAAGUUAAACCAUGAAGAGAAUCAACGAUAUCAACAACGAAAACAACAACAACAACAGCAUCGUUUUCAUGACGAACCAGAACAACAACGAGUUACUACGAAUCUAAUAUUUGAAAGCCGGGAAGGCAGUAGUAGCAGCAAUUUUAGCAAACGUCAAGAACGAAAUAAAUUUACAAAUUCGUCACAACAGAAGGUAACAAAAAUGCUAUUAAUUGUGUCAACGGUAUUUGUUUGCCUCAAUUUGCCCAGUUGUGUGAUGCGUAUGAGAACUUUUAUUGAGACUCAAUCCUCAAAAAAUGAAAAAGCCACUGUUGUAUUACAAUAUAUAUUUCAUUUGUUAUUUAUAACAAAUUUUGGGAUUAACUUCGUUCUAUAUUGUGUUAGUGGGCAAAAUUUUCGCAAAGCUGUGCUCGUUAUGUUUAGACGAGUAUCAGGAUCGCAACGCGAAGGUACUACCCAAUUAUCAGCCUCCGAUUUAAAAUCGUAAUCGUGAUUUUAUUAGAUGGACAAACGGCACACGGACAUGACUAUAUCGAUUUCACAAUUCUCGUUGGACGAGCCUAUUAUUUAUAGGCGUUACAAACAUUUCAAAUCAAUUUAGCAUACCUGAUAUGUCUCUGAAGAUGGUCACGCAAGCGGUGGUGUUCUUGGCAUUACGAUUUCAACCCGUCGACGUCUAACAGAAAAUUUGCUGGAAUGAAUCGCACAAAUUGCGCGAGCUCAGAUAAACAUCACAGCCACCGAUUUUAGUCGUAUUAGAGAGUCAACGAAACAUUCACUUAAUCGUUCAUUCAAUUCAAUUGUUACUUUUAGUAUUAUUAUUGAAAAGGCAUACAUAUUAAGUUAAAAGUUAAAGGAAAAAAUAAUUAAAUAAUGUUAAAGUAAAAAAAUUGCAUUCUAUAAAGAAUAAUCUAAACAAUCAGUGCUGAUUAUUGCAAGUGAAAUAUGCUUGUAAGAUUUUUUCCUUCUUACUCUAUUGAAAAUAAA